UGGUUUUACAGUAAAAAUGUGUGGGAGUCGAUUACAGAUGAUUAAUUUCAAAUAGAGGGAGGAGGCCUGAGACAAAUUUGUACGGGAGUGAAUUGAAGAUAUGGAGUUUUGAGGAGUUUUUAUUGGGAAUUAAUUCCCGGAAUCUGGCAACAUUGGAUGUGCGUAGCACUGUUGUGAUACGUUUCGUCACUCGGGUUGUUAGGGUGGAGGCACUGAAGGUAGCCGAGCCAUGAGUAUAUGUGGAAAAGCUAGCUAACGCUAUUACAUUCCCGCUACAGCGAGCAACUUCAUCGGUCGAGGAGGACGUGAAGGGAAAAAGAACUUGCACAUUGUGUACUAGACGAAUAUUGAAUAAUGGGUAACUGCCAUACCGUUGGACCAAACGAAGCCCUUGUGGUCUCAGGUGGCUGCUGUGGCUCAGACCAGAAGACUUAUAUGGUGGGAGGCUGGGCUUGGGCCUGGUGGCUGAUCUCAGACAUUCAAAAACUGAGUCUGGAGGUUAUGACCAUCCUCUGUCGCUGCGAGAAUAUCGAAACCUCGGAGGGUGUCCCCUUGGACGUGACAGGGGUCGCUCAGGUCAAAGUUAUGACCGACAACGAUCUGCUGGGAGUUGCCUGCGAGCAGUUCCUGGGGAAAUCGGUGAUGGAGAUCAAAAGCGUGGUCCUGCAAACCCUGGAGGGACAUCUUCGCUCCAUCCUGGGCACCCUGACGGUGGAGCAGAUCUACCAGGACAGGGACCAGUUUGCCAGGCUGGUGCGGGAGGUGGCGGCUCCAGACGUGGGGCGAAUGGGAAUCGAGAUCCUCAGCUUCACCAUCAAGGACGUCUACGAUAAGGUGGAAUACCUGAGCUCUCUGGGAAAGACGCAGACGGCGGCGGUCCAGAGGGACGCCGACAUCGGGGUGGCGGAGGCGGAGAGGGAUGCAGGAAUCCGGGAAGCUGAGUGUAAGAAAGAGAUGAUGGACAUCAAGUUCAAGGCUGACACCAAGAUGGCCGACUCCAAGCGAGAGCUGGAGAUGCAGAAAGCUGCCUUCAACCAGGAAGUGAACACCAAGAAAGCGGAGGCCCAGCUGGCCUACGAGCUGCAGGCGGCCAAGGAGCAGCAGAAGAUCAGGCUGGAGGAGAUCGAGAUCGAGGUGGUGCAGAGGAGGAAGCAGAUCACCAUCGAGGAGAAGGAGAUCCUCCGAACCGACAAGGAGCUGAUAGCCACGGUCAAGAGGCCCGCCGAAGCCGAGGCCUACAAGAUGCAGCAGCUGGCCGAGGGACAGAAGAUCAAGACGGUGCUGACGGCCCAGGCCGAGGCGGAGAAGAUCCGGCGGAUAGGCGAGGCGGAGGCCGGCUCCAUCGAGGUGGUGGGCAAGGCGGAGGCCGAGAAGAUGAGGCUGAAGGCGGAGGCCUACCAGCAGUACGGAGAGGCGGCCAAGACCGCGCUGGUCCUGGAGGCCCUGCCCAAGAUCGCGGGCAAGGUGGCCGCGCCCCUGGCCCGGACCAACGAGAUCGUCAUCCUGAGCGGGGAGGGCAGCCGCCUGACCGGGGAGGUGAACCGCCUGCUGGCGGAGCUGCCCGUGUCCGUCAACGCCCUCACGGGAGUGGACCUGACGAAGAUUCCUCUACUGCAGAAGAUGACCAAUCCCCAAGCGUGAAAACAAUCCGCCCCUUUUACUCCACUGCGUUCGUUUUAUGCACUCACGUCGACUGCCUUCAACAGAAACACUUGAAAAUGGAAUUUUUUCUACAGACAAGUGGGUUUUUUUUAGACCUCUGGUGCCUUAGUUCCAUAGGACCAGAAAAUCUGCAUGAGCCACUGCUCCCUUCAUCUUUCAUUUUCAUUUCUUAAAGGAUUAGAAGCAACUUCAGGAAAAAAAAAAAAGAAAUAUAUGUAUGUAUAAAUUUACAGUGGUCACAGAAAGGCAUGAGCAAAAGCUGGGGAGCCCACUUUAAUUUUAGUUGGUUUGAGAAAAUGGGUCCUGUAGUUCGGGCGUGUCUAUGUAGCAUAAUCUGUGGCAGUUUGCAACCUAAGAUGGAUUCCUCUCUAUUAGCCUGAGCAAUAGUGUGGAGUCCCCAAUAUGGUCUUGGUUAGAAGUGUCUUUCACAGUUACUGUACUUUUUGAGGCUUGUGCAUAUUAGUGAUUGAUGAUUUUAUAGUUGUUUGUUAAUCUCCCCCCCCCCCCCCCCAAUUAUUUUUGUUCUGUUUUCAUUUUGAACAGACACUGAGAUUGUGCUAUAAAGAGGCCACGGUUUCCCUUGUCUCCGCCCCCUGUGGGGUGGUUGGAAAGGUCAUUGGUAGUCUCCCGUCGCCUACUCAACGGGGCAGCCGACCCAGUUGUGGGUCGAUGAAGUGCGAAGUGACAACACAGCCUAAGUCUGUCCCUUUCUGUGCCCCCGUUUUGUUGAAAUAACCCCCCCUCCCCAGUUCAUAUCACCAUCGCGCAGUCCAGUGUUCUGUCUGCACUGCCACCGUCUGGCCCCACCCUUCACUGGCUGCUGAGUUUCCUAGUUCAGCCUCCAGAGUUCACCCCCCCCACCCCCUUCUUGCACGCUGAGCUCGACUCCCCAAAGUCCAAAACUGACAGUCUGUGCGUUUGUGCUGCUGUUUCGGCCUCAGUAGGAAAGGAGGGUAGCCAUCUUGUCCACAGGUCAGUCAGCCUACCUCAUUCACUUUUACACACACAGUAUCCUGUGAGUAGGAUAGUGAAAUUUGACACUUCGCUAUGUCACUUCCUGUCAGUCCCUGCCCUCCCCUAAAUACCGUAGGCUACAACCUGUGGUAUUUCUUUACAUUGGGCACUUCUUUAAAUCAAAUCAAUGAAGUAGAGCUGAGCUUUAAUCCCUGUGGAGGCAGUCGAGUGUACAAUACCACUGAAUAAUAACAUCAAGGGGGAUUAGUAUAUAUAAGGUGACAGUCACAAGACACAGACUGCAGGUGUACCUACUUCCUCACACAAAGUUCUUGACUAGUUAUUGUGUAGUCAGUUAGUUAUUUUGGUGCCUGCCCAGCUAGUUAUCUGCCUUCCGACGUGUUCGCUCCCAUAGAACCGUGAACCCUCCAUUAGCCAUUCCGUCCACACGCCCGUCAACGAAAUGAACCUGCCUGUUUUGGGUUGCCUGUCAUGUGCCUGGUCGACGGCGGCCAGGUCGACGUACACUAAAUAAAACCACACGCAGCGGCCAGUCGAUCGCCAGAACCGCAGUCCGCCCGCGAGCCACGCGCUUCAGCGGGAGAUUUUUUUUGUACUAUCUUUCAGCCUGUAAAAUGACCUCCGGGGCUGGUUUGCGGUUCUCGGUGCUGUUCUCGCUGUAGAGGUUCACCCCACAUUCCACCGCCCCCCCCCCCCCAGUUUUCUGACGUGUCUUACACUUUCUGCUGUUGCUCGCCUUGCCUGUUGCAUAGCCCCCUGUCAGUCAGGAAGUGAUUUGUUAUUCCAGAGCGAGCUUUGGCUGCAGGACCUGGUGUCUCGUGUGUGGCUUGGUGACAGAAUGACAUGGCUCUAUCUGCGGCUAGGCAUACAACACGGGAGAUACAGCAGAGGCCAUCAAAACGGUCAUACCAGUCAUCGUUCUAAAAUAGCAGGACAAUGGAUAUUUACAUAUGCGAGUAUGUAUGCGUAUGCCUAUUAUAUACAGGUAGAUGUAUGUAUUUAUGUGUUUGUAUAUUUAUAUUUUGUCUUAUGAAAAUACAUACACGUAUGCACAUACUAAAACACACAUGUAUACAUGCGCAUACCAUGCAAGCCAUAUCAUAAGAAAUAGCCUUAAUAGGAGCCCAUGGUUAUACGAUUGUCAGGCUCUCUGCAUACCAGACUCUAGUUUCACCUUGCUGUUCGCAAGACCUUAGCUUUAAUACCUUGCAAAUUCCUUUGUAGUUGUGGUAAGAUAUUUUUAUGUCUAUUAGGUGUGGCGUCUAGAAGGAAAGGUCUGUUGCUCCUUUACUACUGUAACUUGUGGUAAUUGAUAUGUUUAGUGUGACACCACAGUAGUGUGAAUAAGAACCUGUUAUAUUAAAUCACUAUUGUGUAUCAGCUAGGUUUUCCUAGCUGUGCUUUUGGCUGUGAAUAAUUGAACAGAUAGAGAAGGGAUUAUAUAGUGUACGUUUUUAUUUAUGAUUUUAUAGUUCUGGUGUUCACCGACAGAUUUCUUUUCUGCGUUUUUCUUUUACGAUUAACGUGAUUCUGUGCAAGAUAGUUACAGAUAAUUCUUUUUUAUGCGUGAAAAGUUUCUAAUUUUUGCAUUCCAUUUGUGUCUUCGUCGUCAUAUACCUUGCCCAGAGGUUUUGUUUCCUUGUUGUUUCAGUUGUUUAAACUAGCAGAUGUUUUGUAUGUGCAUUUUUUUUUUCACUGUGGAAACUAAAAUACUCCAACCUCACAAGGUUGUUUUUAACCAAUGGUCAAGCUAUAAAAGUUAUUUGUAUUCCUUUUUUUAAGUGUCUUUUUACUGUUCUGCAAACUAUAUAGUGGUCUACAACAGUUGUAGUCUGAAUUCUGUACUUGCCAAACCAAAUUGGAAGAAUUCUUGCAAUGAGUCUUUUUAGCUUUGUCUAGGAGUUCAGGAAAAUUGUUAAAACUCACCACAAACUUUGUAGUCAUCAGUGGCACUCCAAACUGCAAUGUUAUGCUGCUGAAAUGAAAUAUUAAAGCAUUUUGAGACCAUAUGUGACCAUGGCAAAUCAUGAGUCAUGAUGUAAUAAGUUUUUUUUAUUUUUAUGAAUCCUCAAAUACACGGGCCAACCCCAUGAAACGUUGAAAAUUUUUACAUACCAAAGUGAACUUUCUUUUGGCUGUCUGAAAAAAGGUGCACUUUUGGAGUAUUUUUUUUUUACGCACAGGGAUUUACCACUACUUGGCCUUUGUGUCUUUUUUUUUGUGGAACAUUGACAUUUUGUAUUUUGUUACCGGGCAACCAGUAAUGUAUACGUCAGCUGCCUCCCUGAUGCAAAGAUUUAGCUUGUUUCAUCCAUGUUCAGAUAGUUUAUCUUUCUCUAAGGUCAAUGUUACGGAAAUUGUUUAGUAUUAAAAAAGAAAAAUAUAUAUCUGUUUAUGGUUAUUUUAUAGUUGUACUGAUUCAGUUCAUUAAGUUUUUCUCAAUAUUGAAGUAUCUUCAUAAUGUUUAGUUUUUUUAAAUCAAUAGCAAAAGAAUCGUCAUAUUGUUGUGUAUACUCUGUGAAGUUCAAACAUUUGUUUAUGGUGGUCUUUUCACAAUAUUCCCAAUCUUCUUGGCUUGAACCUUUUUGGGUGCCAAAGUGAAACAAGAUUGGGACACUUUGGCUUGGUAGAAUUUUCACUUGUGAAACUGUUAGAGUUGUGUGUUAAGCAUAGAAUCGCUUUGCAGUGUUAAAAGAGAUAAGAAUUGGCUGAAGACCAAAUUUUAGAAUCCUCCUUAGACAUGUAUUCAUUCAUUUUACAUGCAUAUAUACAUUUAUAUCUGUGUGUGCUGUUGAAAAGUUUGUCUACUUAAACCUGAGUUAUCACUAAUUGUCUCAGUGUGACUUUUCCUGAAGCCUAAAGACCCGCAUGGGAAUUUGUGCAUGUGAUCUUCAUCCAUAGGAUCCUGACUUGUUGAAAUGUUAUCCACAUUCAUGUAAUAAAUGUUCAGUCACUAUA